CAUAUCACACAUAUAGAUCAACCUCAUUCUUUUUUAUUGCUGCAUAAUAUCCCAUUGCAUAGUCAUGUCAUGAUUUAUUUCAACCGUUUCUUAUUGAUAGACAUUUGGAUCUUAAGAAACUGAACUUAAAUAAUUUGGAAAUUUUUAUAAUAUGAAAAGGUCAGCUGGAGUUGACACCAAACACUACAAGUUUUCAGAUUCAAGACUUGCCUCCAUACUAUCUCUUGGCCAGAAGGGGGAAUGCAAGUGGCAGGAGUAGAAGCAUAAAACUGGGAAAUUUUCCGGACCAAUGGGGAAGCAGUGGGGAAGUAGUGGGGCCGGCAGGGAAUUACUGCCGGGUAGGAGCUCGCAGAGGCGCCUUAUUGCUGAAGUAGGAGGCCAUCUCCAAGCCAAGCCUUCCCCAGGCUGCAGCUCAGACACACCGAACUGUGUACCGGCUGCACACUGUGCCAUGAUGCGUGGCCAUCUCCAACACUCAGCAGGGGCCCCCAGCCCAGACAAGAUCUGAAUCCCCACCGCCUCCAGCUGGGGGCAUACACGUGGUGACCUGCCUGGGGCUGGGUUCCCGGCUCCGGCUCCUCCUCCCUCCAGCUCUUGCUCUGCUUUCUGCAGUAUCACGUGCAGCCGUGCCGGGUGCAGGAUGGCGGCGGCGGCGGCGGCAGCGGCAGCGGUGGGUGUCAGGCUCCGGGACUGCUGCAGCCGGGGCGCUGUGCUCCUGCUCUUCUUUUCUCUUUCUCCCCGGCCCCCGGCUGCUGCUGCUUGGCUUCUGGGCCUGAGGCCCGAAGACACCGCUGGAGGCCGCGUGUCUCUGGAGGGGGGCACCCUGCGUGCGGCCGAAGGCACCAGCUUCCUCCUGCGAGUCUAUUUCCAGCCGGGAUCCGAGGCGCCAGCCGCGCGGGUGCCCGCACCCACCGUCUCCCCGGGGGAGAACGGCACAGGCGACUGGGCUCCGCGGCUAGUAUUUAUUGAGGAGCCCCCGGGGGGCAGCGGCGUGGCGCCCAGUGCGGUACCCACGCGGCCUCCGGGACCGCAGCGCUGCCGUGAGCAGAGUGACUGGGCAUCGGACGUGGAGGUCCUGGGGCCUCUGCGCCCCGGGGGUGUGGCGGGCUCAGCCCUGGUCCAGGUGCGGGUGCGGGAGCUGCGCAAGGGCGAAGCAGAGCGGAGCGGCGCGGGAGGUGGCGGGAAGCUCUUCUCGCUGUGCGCCUGGGAUGGGCGCGCUUGGCACCACCACGGCGCGGCUGGCGGCUUCCUGCUGCGCGUCCGCCCGCGGCUCUACGGCCCGGGCGGGGACUUGCUGGCCCCCGCUUGGCUGCGGGCACUCGGGGCGCUCCUCUUGCUCGCCCUGUCCGCCCUGUUCAGCGGCCUGCGCCUGAGCCUGCUCUCGCUGGACCCGGUGGAGUUACGGGUGCUGCGGAACAGCGGCUCGGCAGCCGAACAGGAGCAGGCGCGCCGCGUGCAGGCCGUGCGCGGCAGGGGGACCCAUCUGCUCUGCACCCUGCUCCUGGGCCAAGCCGGAGCCAACGCGGCUCUGGCGGGUUGGCUGUAUGCCUCGCUGCCGCCGGGCGUCGGGGGCACAGAGGAAGACUACAGCGAGGUGGGGAUUCACUUCCCAUGGCUGCCGGCGCUCGUGUGCACUGGCGCCGUGUUCCUGGGCGCUGAAAUCUGCCCCUACUCUGUGUGUUCUCGGCACGGGCUGGCCAUCGCCUCGCACAGCGUGUGUCUGACCCGGCUUCUGAUGGUGGCCGCCUUCCCCGUGUGCUACCCGCUGGGCCGCCUGCUGGAUUGGGCGCUGCGCCAGGAGAUCAGCACCUUCUACACGAGGGAGAAGCUGCUGGAGACGUUGCGGGCCGCAGACCCCUACAACGACCUCGUGAAGGAAGAGCUCAACAUUAUACAGGGCGCCCUGGAGCUGCGCACAAAAGUGGUGGAGGAGGUGCUGACCCCCCUUGGAGACUGCUUCAUGCUGCGCUCAGACGCGGUGCUCGACUUCGCCACUGUCUCUGAGAUCCUGCGCAGCGGCUACACUCGCAUCCCAGUGUACGAGGGUGACCAGCGGCACAACAUUGUAGACAUUUUGUUUGUCAAGGACUUGGCUUUCGUGGACCCCGACGACUGCACCCCACUCCUCACCGUCACCCGCUUCUACAAUCGGCCCCUGCACUGUGUCUUCAAUGAUACCCGGCUGGACACGGUGCUGGAAGAGUUUAAGAAGGGAAAAUCUCACCUGGCCAUUGUCCAGCGGGUGAAUAAUGAGGGUGAAGGGGACCCUUUCUAUGAGGUGAUGGGCAUCGUCACUCUGGAGGAUAUCAUAGAGGAGAUCAUCAAGUCGGAGAUUCUGGACGAGACUGAUCUCUACACCGACAAUCGGAAAAAGCAGAGGGUCCCACACCGGGAAAGGAAGCGGCAUGACUUCUCCUUGUUUAAGCUUUCCGACACGGAGAUGCGGGUAAAGAUCUCACCACAGCUUCUGCUGGCCACGCACCGCUUCAUGGCUACAGAAGUGGAGCCCUUUAAGUCUCUGUACCUUUCGGAGAAGAUCCUGCUCCGGCUCCUGAAACAUCCCAACGUGAUCCAGGAACUGAAGUUCGAUGAGAAGAAUAAGAAGGCCCCAGAACACUACCUCUACCAGCGCAACCGCCCUGUGGACUAUUUUAUGCUGCUUCUGCAGGGUAAAGUGGAAGUGGAGGUCGGUAAGGAAGGCCUUCGCUUCGAGAAUGGAGCCUUCACCUACUAUGGGGUCCCAGCCAUCAUGACCUCUGCGUGCUCAGAUAAUGACGUGCGGAAGGUUGGAAGCCUGGCUGGAUCCUCUGUCUUUCUGCCCGUCUCUGUGUCUCGUACCUUCGCCUUCAGCAGAGGGGACUCUCUGGCAGGCUCCCCAGUAAACCGGUCCCCUUCGCGCUGCAGCGGAUUGAAUCGCUCUGAGUCUCCAAACCGUGAGCGCAGCGACUUUGGGGGCAGCAACACCCAGCUGUUCGGCAGCAACAACAACCUCUACACGCCAGACUACUCAGUCCACAUCCUGAGCGACGUGCAGUUUGUAAAGAUCACACGGCAGCAGUAUCAGAAUGCACUCACCGCCUGCCACAUGGACAGCUCACCCCAGUCCCCUGACAUGGAGGCCUUCACUGACGGAGACUCCACCAAGGCCCCCACAACUCGGGGCACACCCCUGACCCCCAAGGAUGACCCUGUCGCCACACUCCUGAGCAACAGGAACAGUCUGCCGUGCAGCCGUUCAGAUGGGCUGCGAAGCCCCAGCGAGGUCGUGUACUUGAGGAUGGAGGAGAUGGCCUUCACCCAAGAGGAAAUGACUGACUUCGAGGAGCACAGUACACAGCAGCUCUCGCUGUCACCUGCAGCUGUGCCCACAACAGAUAGUGAAUGUUGUAACAUCAACCUGGAUACAGAAACCAGUCCUCUCAGUAGCGACUUUGAGGAAACCAUGGGCAGGAGGCUGCUGAGAACCCUGAGUGGUCAAAGAAGGAAGAAGUCACCAGAUGGAGAGAGAACCUCUGAGGAGAACUCCAAUUUAACGCCUCUGAUCACAUGACAGCAAAGCCAGCAUUUGCUGGGUAUGUGAGAUUCCAGAGCUUUGGGGGAGAACCCACCUUCCCAUCAUCUGCUUCCCCUCAAGGCCUCCCACAGGUGACAGAACAUUCUGCCUUCCUUUCCACCUCUUCACCCCUAGCUGUCGAUUUGGCAGAUUUUCCCUUGUUGCCUCCAGUUUGACUCAGAGCCUUGCCGUGGCCAUAACGGAAGGAAGUGCCUCUAAUGGAACAUGCUAGAAAUGGUUUUGUCUACAGCACAGUGUGGGACUGGAGAUGACCCCAAGCUGACAAUGCCACUUUGGGACCCUGAUGCCAUAGGACACCCAUGUGCUGCAACUCACCAUUCUUUCCUCCAGAACAAAAUGAUAACUUUCUACCAUAUUUCAUGCUUAGCUUAACUCAGAACGUGCCACUAGUAGACAGGCACAUGGGAGGACAGAGUAGCAGGUAUGGAAUUUAGCUCAGGGGACAGACCAAGAAUUCCUCCAGAAUUCAGGGCAGCAGGACUCAGCCAUGUUGGUGCGUGACUGAUGUUUCAGCACAGAAAACUGUCAGUGACUGGUUCCCUGUUGGAUAAGGGUUCCAGCAUUCUGAGGAAGUGAGUCUCAGCUAGAAUGGAAAGAAUGUGAGGUGGAACUUCAAGUCACUGUUUUUCCCAGGGAUACAUCUGUUUUGGCUCCCAGACAACAGUUAUUAAUCAGUCAAUCAAUCUGCUCUGGAAGAGGAGGAGCGGAGAGCAGAGAGACCCAGUUGGGAGCCAGAGAUGGAACUUCAGGUGUUAAGUGCAAAUCAAAGCAAGAGAAAAACAGAAGAAGAAAAAAAAACCUUACAUGGAAAAAUUCUAAGCCGUUAGUUAAAAGCAAGUUUAGCCAUGAUGAACCAAAGAGUGCCCAGGUCAGCCAGGAAAGAUGCACGCUCUCGUGGGACUGCAAUGUGUAUGUAUUACACAGGAACGUUGAAAAAUCAUUCUUUUUCAUUCAUCUGCACCUCCCACCCCUUACUAUACCCUAGCAGGUCGGUUGAGUAUACUUUAUUCCAAACACUUACUAGAUCUCUGGUUUUUCUCCUGGCUGCUGAGGCAGGUGCAAUUCCAAGUAUAACCACGAGAUGGCAGAAAGACUGCACAUACCUACUUCCAAGAAUAAAAUAGUCCUAAUGAGGAUCACAGCAAGCCUUAGGGAAAACUUGGAAGUGAAGUUUGUCUUUGAUCUGUCUCCCUUUCUGAUCUAUCUCCCACUACUUGGAUGCCCUCAGUCAGGUACCCAGCGAUCAACUGCUGUUUGUGGAAUCUUUAACUGUUCCCAAACUUUUCCCUGUGGCAUACCUUCCCUCCCCUUCUUCCAAAACCAUCACUUCCACCUCCCCACACCUAUUCAAUCAAUAAUCAGAUGGGGAGGUUGCAGACUGGUAAUUCCUCUGGGUUAUUUGCAUCUCAAAACAAAAUGCUUACCCACAGGAACAUUUAACUCAGGGGUCCUUAACUUGGGGUCCAUCACCCCAGGGGGUCCAUAGUUGGACUUCAGAGGGUCUAUGAAACCCCUAAAACUGUCCGAAUUUAGUGUAUGUAUUCUUGUAUGUUUUCCAGAGCAUUAAAGCUUUCAUAAUAUUCUCAAAGGUCUUAGACCUACAAAGGAUUUAAAAAAAAAAAAACAAAAAAAAAACACUAUUUUAAAUAGUGGAGCUUUCAGCCCAGAGUUUCUGCAAUGCAGAGUGAAGUGAAUACUGGGCACUUUGAGAGACAGAGUUUUAAUUAUGAGUGGUCUUCUCAAGUGGCCAUCAACCAAUGGGGGAGGCUGGCACCCACCAAGAGGUUUGAAUCCUCAGAAAUUCUUGGCACAUUCUAGAAUAUCGUACAUCCCACAUAACUUUGUCCCCACUUCCCCAACAAACCAGAGCAGGUGUUGCAGACAGGAGGGCCACAGCAUGUGGGAGCAGACUUUGGAGCUAGGGAUGCCUUCUCCAGCAAUGUAUUGUUGACUUCAAUGCACUCUUGCCUGGCCAGGCCUGGUGCGAGGCUCAGCAGUGCAUGACUUCUCCUAGAUAACUUCACAGCAAUCCCCUCCCAACACCUGCUCUUGCCUGGUAGGAAUAGACAAUGUCAGCCCUCAGUGUUGGGUGCCUCAGUCCCAACCAGUAUAUGGUGAGUCUUGAGCAAGAACUGCCAUCAUGCAGUCUUCUUGCUCAGCUAGCCACUGGCCGGGGGGGCCUGCCUGGCUAGCCUUCCUUUCAUUACCCCUUAUGCCACGGAGUUCAGGCCACUGCUGUUGCAUUACAUCCAUCCCUUUGCAGAAUCCCUAAGGAGCCUGUCACCACUCCUCUCCCUAUAGCCCCCAACCCCAACAAAGAUUUUCUUCAGGUAAAAAAAAAAAAAAAA